AUGGUGUUCAAUAUCAGAGACAACAAGAGAAAGAUCGUAGAAGCUGAAGAGUUACCUUUUGAAAUUCAAAAGUUAACUAACAUUCCAAUUGAUAUUGGUGAUGCUAAACUAUAUGCUCAUAUUUGGAUUCCGAAAAAAGCUUUAGAUGGUGAUUUGAAAGUAGGAACCAUUAUUGAGUAUUUACCUUACAGAAAAAGUGAUUUUACUGCCAUCAGGGACUCAAUCAGACAUCCAUAUUAUGCUGGACAUGGAUUUGCUUCAAUUAGAGUGGAUAUGAGAGGAUGUGGAGAUAGUGAUGGUGUAUUAGAGGGGGAAUAUUUACCCCAAGAACAACAAGAUAAUUUGAAAGUCAUUGAUUGGAUUAUUGAACAAUCUUGGUCCAAUGGUAAGGUUGGACAAAUUGGAAAAUCUUGGGGUGGUUUCAAUGGGUUACAGAUUGCCUACGAACAACAUCCAAGUUUGAAAUCCAUCAUUACUGUUUGUUCAACUGAUGAUAGAUAUUCUGAUGAUGUUCACUACCGUGGAGGGUGUAUGAUGGCCUCAGACAUGAAUUGGUGGGCUAGUACUAUGUUCACUUAUAAUGCAAGACCCCAAGACCCAGAUGUCAAGCCUGAUUGGAAGAAGAACUGGUUAGAAAGAUUGAAUUUGGAACCUAAUGUUAUCGAAUGGUGUAAGCAUCAAAGAAGAGAUGAAUUUUGGAAACACGGAUCAGUUUGUGAAGAUUAUUCCAAAGUAGAUGUUCCUGUGCUUGCCAUUGGAGGAUGGAAAGAUGGUUAUAGUAAUGCAGUCUUUAGAAUGAUGGACAAUUUACCUCACAAAGAUAAUAGAAGUAUUGUAGGACCUUGGGUUCAUGAAUUCCCUGAUGUUGCUACUCCAGGGCCUACCAUUGGUUAUAAUCAAAUCGUUGUCUCAUGGUUCCAUAAAUACUUAUCUGACCCUAUCUAUGAUGUUUCACAACAAUUUGAUGUUUGGGCAAUGAAGAAAUAUAAUUUAUAUUUACAAGAACCUGUUGAUGAAGUUGAAGAGUACGAUUUCAGACCAGGAAAGUGGGUAAGUUUUGACAACUUCGGUGAUAAAUUAGAUUUCCAUCUCAACGGAACUUUGAAUUUGGAGAAAUCUGAUAGUUCUAAGGAAAUCACCUUUAGUGGUACCCCUGAAUAUGGGUUAUACAGAGGAAAAUGGUGUCCUUUUGGAGAAUCAGGGGAUUUUGCUUCAAACCAAUUAACUGAGGAUUCUAAAUCAUACACAAUUGAUUCCCAAGAGCUUGAAGAGGACGUAGAACUUAUUGGAUUCCCAACAGUUUCUUUGGAAUUGAAAAGUGAUUUACCUUUAGCCAAUUUAUCUGUCAGAUUAUUGGAUUUAACCAACACCAGUAAAUUGGUUUCUUGGGGCCAAUUGAAUUUGAACAAGUAUAUUGGAACCAUGGAGAACCCAGAAUUAUUAAAAGUUGGUGAGAAGUAUCAUGUCGAGAUCAAAUUGGACUGUAUCGGAUAUAAAUUCUUGAAAGGUCAUAAGAUUAGAAUCGCCUUAAGUACCACUGAUUGGCCUUCAAUGUGGCCAUUAGAGAAAACUCCCACUUUAUCGUUUGAAGAAAAAGAUUUCUGUCUUUCACUUCCUAUCUUAGGUGAGUGCUCAUCGGUUGAAUUUCCAAAAUCAGAAUCCGUCAAACCUAUUGAUAGAGAAAUUGUCAGGGAAGAAUCAAGAAGCAGAAAUAUUGUCCAUGACAUUGUCAAUAAUAUCUGGACCAUCGAUGAUUUCUCCGAUGAAGGGGAAAGAAAAAUCGAAGGUUUAAUUAUGGGGUCAAAAAAUUGGAACGAAUGGAAAAUUGGAGGAGUCCCAUCUACUAACAGUAAAUGGGAACUUACCUUGAAAAAACCUAAUUGGGAAAUCCUCAUAAAAACCGAUUCUCUCAUGACAGUAGAUCAGGGAAACUAUAUUUUGAAAAAUCAUCUCAUCGCUUAUGAGAACGACCAACAAGUAUUUGAAAAAAAUUGGUCAACUACCAUUGAAAGGGACUUUACGUAA